UUCCGUACCGAGAGAGUGAUUGCUGUACCUCGUGUGUUAAGUGGCGGUCGCUCCGCCGCCACAUUGUCAUCUAAGGCAGCGGCUAUGAGACUACCUACAGUGUGGUGCGGCCGGCUGUUGGCGUCCUUCUUUUGUGGUGUGGUGCUGGGCUUUGUGGUGGCCACACUCGACUUCCAAAGUUCAUCGUUGUGGCUGCAGGAGCGGCUGCAGACAGCUACCAUCGACUCCUACGAGUACAAGCUGGCCGCCCCAGAUGUCCUACCGAGUGCAAAGCGCUUUGUCCCUACGGCUUGGCGCAAUCCAGAAUGCAACAGGACCACAGCUGAUGGCGUGAAGCAACGUGUACGUGUGUUGUGCUGGGUGAUGACUGGUCCUGAGAACCAUGCCACUAAGGCAGCUGCCGUCAAUGCCACAUGGGGCCAACAUUGUGACAAGCUGCUCUUCAUGACCUCCAAACAUGAUACCACACUACCCACAGUGGCACUUGAUGUUUCAGAAGGGCGGCAGCAUCUUUGGGCUAAGACUCAAGCUGCGUUCAAAUAUAUUGUCCACGAAGGCCUGUUGGAGAGUACUGAUUGGGUGCUUAAGGCUGAUGAUGACACGUUCAUGGUGAUGGAAAAUUUACGCCACCUGCUGCUGCCUCUGAAUGCUUCAAGAGCUCUCUUUGUGGGUCUGCGUCUACGACCAUUCUCUCCACAGGGCUUCAUGAGUGGCGGUGCAGGGUAUGUGCUUAGUCGAAUGGCAGUUCUUCGCUUUGUUGAGGAGGGACUAUCUGGUGACAUCAGAGGCUGCAAUAACUCAGGAAAAGAUGGCGAGGAUGUUGCCAUGGGUCGCUGCAUGGUGGCAUUAAAUGCAACAUUUCUGGACAGCCGAGACUCUGAUGGGCUGGAGCGCUUUCAUGCUUAUGGUCCAGAACGACAAAUGGCACCGGAUAAUGGAAUGAAUUGGCUGAAGAAUUAUUCUUAUUACCCACUACAACCGCCUUCUAAGUGUUGUUCAGCAGCUGCAGUGUCAUUUCACUACAUCUCAGCCACAGCCAUGCGAGCUAUGUACUAUCUGAUAUACAGAUUAAAACUACAUGAAGUGAACGAAUGUGAAUUGCCAGCCAGCUGACAUAUGAACAUGAUUAGCAAGACUACUUAACUGCAGUAUUAUGUGAGGAUUGGACAGUGUGUAAAGUACAUAUGAAUCGUAAAGAGUAUUUUGAAAGAACCAGUGGAAUAUUAAAUAUUGAACUACUAGUGACCUGAGAAAAUACUUUGACAGAAGGCUUUAAAAACUUGCUGGGAUGCUGUUCAUAGCAGAGUACAUCUGAUAAAAUUAAAAUUAACAAUUCAUGGUAAAGUGUAUUAAUUUUAUCCAUUUACUCGUCAAAGGAAUGUUCAAAUUAUGUGUAAAUAGUAUGAAUUUGCAUUGUAUAAGUAACGUUUUCUGUGACUUACAUUUGUGUUUUGUCCUAAUUGUCUGUGUCCAUAUUCGUCUCUGAGAGUUUAUUCACCCGUAAAGAGUCUGCUUUCAUCCUGUGGGUGAUUAAGAGAUUCGUCUAAUGUUGUUAAAUCAAGUUAAGUUUAUUUUCUCUUCUGAGUGCAGCUGUGUAACCUUGUAACUUGAAGCCACUUUGUUUAAUGCUGCUUUAUGCAUGUCACCUAUUUCCUCUGCGUAAUAAAAACUAGGUACAAGCAUUCAAAGCAUUAGAGGCUGAAUGAUUACCUUGAGUGUACUUCAAUGAUGUUCAUAUUACUUAAAACUGGAUACCUAGUAUGGCAUCAGAUUUACUUCAUAUGAAACUACUGACGCAUUGUUAAACAUCGUGUAAUGCCUAAAACAAAUUUUGGAAUAAGUUUAAGAAAAUCUGAUAUGUCAUAGAAUUGUUUUGGCAUACUGUAUACAAAAAUUUCCCGAAUACACAAUCAGUUUUUUUCCUUUUAAUGUGUGCUGUGCUUGUAAUAAAUUCUAAUGAUGUUAAUUAUAAAAUUUUGUUUCUGGAAAGAAAAUAAUACUUAUCCACAUAAACUUGCAUUAUGUAUUGUUCUUUGUGUUCAAAUGGUUCAAAUUGCUCUGAGCACUAUGGGACUUAACAUCUGAGGUCAUCAGUCCCCUACAACUUAGAACUACUUAAAUCUAACUAACCUAAGGACAUCACACACAUCCGUGCCCGAGGCAGGAUUUGAACCUGCGACCGUAGCGGUUGCCCGGUUCCAGACUGAAGUGCCUAGAACCACUUGGCCACACCGGCCAGCUGUUCUCUUUGUGUGUCUUUGUCUGCAACAAAUCUCUGAGAAACAGUCAAAAUUAAAACACACAAGGCAGAAAGUGCUCAAAGGAAGUGAAGGAAUAGGAUGGAUGUUUCAUAUAGCAUAGGUUAGAUUAGAUUAUAUUUACUUUUUAUUGCAUGGAUCCAUAGCAAGGAGAUC